AGGAAACUUGAAAUGUUCUCUUCCCUUUUUGGCUAUUUAAACGCUUUUUCUUCAACUCUCUUCUCUUUCAUCCUUUCCUCCCCUGAAAAAAGAAAGCAAAACCCUAUAGAGCUUCUGCAACUUCUGUUAUCUUCUUCUACGCAUUUCUUUCCCAAAAAAUCUUCUGAGAAUCAACGAUGGUCAUGGUAUCUCUUCCCUUCCCUAGAGUAACCAUCAACUCUAUGUAUCCUCAAUGGCGAGUCAUUAUGUCGUUGACGGCCUACAUAUAGGAACGUUAAUAGGGCCACAACUUUUCUUUUUUCAAUCCCAUCUUUUUGAAGAGAUCUGAGUACAUAAUAUCACAGGAAACCGCAAUGUGCUUUGCAUUCGGUAGCAGGAAGUAACGUAGGUCUGAAGGAAUGUUUGCCUAAAUGGAAUUCUGGAGUGGAUCCGAUGAAAGGAGGAAGUUGAGGCACUCUUGGAUUUGUCUUGGGUUGAACAAGGCCUGACGGUGGAGGAACGAAGGGAGUCGUUGUCAAGACUUUAACGUUCUUCCCUCGAAGAGGAGGAGGCGGAGGAUUAUAACAACUUUGAAGACCACAACUACUUUUAGUUGAGCGACGGAACAAGUAGCUUUCGAAGCUGCCAUCUUCUGGUGUCCGAUGGAAGACUCUAUGUUGGAAAUUUGCCGUUUCGAAUGACUUCUGCUCAAUUGUCUGAGAUCUUUGCAGAAGCUGGCACUGUCGUCUCUGUUGAGGUGGUGUAUGAUCGAGUAACGGCCAGAAGUAGAGGAUUUGCAUUUGUUACAAUGAAGAGUGUUGAAGAUGCUAAAGCAGCAAUUCAAAUGUUUGAUGGUUCUCAAGUUGGUGGUAGGAGUGCUAAGGUGAACUUUCCAGAAGUGCCCAUAGGAGGUGAAAGGGUAGUAGUAAUGGGAAAAAUAAAUAGAAACGGAUACAAAGGCUUUGUAGACAGUCCUCACAAGAUGUAUGCUGGAAACCUUGGCUGGGGACUGGACUCUCAGAAUCUUAGAGAUGCCUUUGCUGAACAGCCGGGACUAUUGGGUGCUCGAGUCGUCUAUGAGAAGGACAAUGGAAGAUCUCGAGGUUUUGGAUUCGUUACUUUUGAAACUGCUGAGGAUUUACAGGCUGCUUUGAAGGCUAUGAACGGCGUGGAGGUUCAGGAUCGGCCGCUGCGAUUGAAUUUGGCUGCAGAGAGGAAACCUUCUUCUCCUCCUCCAGUAAUUAAGGAAAGUACAGCAAGCAAUGUUGAUAGUUCACCUUCAUCUCCUCCUCCAGUAAUUGAGGAAAGUACAGCAAGCAAUGUUGAUAGUUCGGAAUUGGUGUCUAGCGCAAGUGCAUAAGAAAAUAUGUUUGAUCAAAGUUUUGCCUGCAAAAUGCACAUCAUUUAGCUUUUCUUUUCUCUAAACUAUAUUAUCUGUCAAAGUGACUUGUACACUAGAUUUUCAGACAGUUGUGAGAUCUAUACAUAUGAGGGGUUAAUGUCAA